UUUUAGAUGGGCGAACAUUUCUUUAACAUCAAUCACGGAUAUUUGGAGGGUUUGGUUCGCGGAUUCAAGGGAGGUAUUCUGACACAAACCGAUUACGCUAAUCUUGUCCAAUGUGAAACCCUCGAAGAUCUGAAGCUUCAUAUUCAGUCAACAGAUUAUGGAAGUUUUUUGGCAAACGAACCAGGCUCAAUAACAGUUCAGGUCAUCGAUGAGAGAUUGAAAGAAAAGCUGGUAACAGAGUUCACACAUUUUCGAAACAAUGCCCUGGAGCCUUUAUCCACAUUUUUGGACUAUAUAACAUACUCAUAUAUGAUUGAUAACAUCAUUUUGCUCAUUACGGGGACGUUACAUCAGCGACCCAUCACUGAGCUGAUCUCAAAAUGUCAUCCUCUUGGUUCUUUUGAGCAGAUGGAAGCUAUUCAUAUUGUUUCAACACCAGCUGAGCUUUAUAAUGCCGUGCUCGUGGACACUCCUUUAGCAUCGUACUUUGUUGAUUGUAUCAACGAACAGGACUUAGAUGAAAUGAAUGUGGAAAUAAUUCGUAAUACUUUAUAUCGCUCCUACUUAGAAGACUUCUACAAAUUUUGCAAACGUUUAGGAGGCAAAACAGCAGAAGUUAUGGGUGAAAUUCUCGCGUUUGAAGCAGAUCGCCGUGCCAUUAUAAUAACAAUCAACAGUUUUGAUACCGAAUUGUCAAAGGAUGAUCGAGCCAAGCUUUAUCCGCGAUGUGGAAAACUUUAUCCUGAAGGGUUGGCUGGAUUAUCGAAAGCGGAUGAUUACGAACAAGUUAAGCAGGUCUGUGAAUACUAUUCAGAUUAUCGUGCGCUUUUUGAAGGAUCUGGUUUACAACCUGGCGAAAAGGCGCUUGAAGAUAAGUUCUUAGAGUACGAAGUAAAACUGAACGUCCUAUCAUUUUUGCAUCAGUUCCAUUUCGGUGUGUUCUAUGCAUUCAUUAAGCUUAAAGAGCAAGAAAUGAGAAACAUUAUUUGGAUCGCGGAAUGCAUAUCACAGAGGCACCGAGCUAAAAUCGAUAAUUACAUUCCGAUUUUAUGAAAUUUCAUCGGUUUCCAUAGAAAUGUCGUAGUUUUCCACCAUUCCUUUUUAUUAAUAGUAGAAAGAUCAUCUUAUGUUGCAGAUUAGUUAUGGCCAAUUGUUCAGUCUUCUGUUGUACAUGUUGGCUUAUAGAAAGUUUAUAUGGAUUAAUUCAGUAGUGUAUCUGUCAUGUGGUUUUCCUCUUAAAGAUCGAUAUUUCCACCGCUAUAAAAGACUUGAUCUGAUUUCCUUUUCUCUUAGCUGAUUACGACAUCCUGUGAUUCAUUUAUGUAGCAAGCAUGUGUCCAGCCUUUGUAUAUCCUAGUCAUAUACAGUAUUCUAUAUGCUUAUCAGCAUUUUCAUUUCGUUACAUUUCAGUCCAAUAUAAAUAUCUAGUGUUGUG